GGCAGUAGCACAAGAAUAAGCUAGCGUCCUCAUUUGGAGUUUGGAGUUCUACAGGAAUCACAACGAAAAAGGUGUGUUGAGCGUGGAACCUACCUGUUAAACAAGUUUCCCUGUGGACAUCCAAGAGUUUGGUAAACAGGUUUAUCUCAAGGUACACUGAAAAUGGCAUGCCCCUUUCCACAGUUGCUCAGAGAAUACCUGGCUUAUCGCCGGAUACAGAGAAAUCGUGUGGUGACCAAGGAUGGCCACUGCAACAUUGCAUAUGGUAGUGUGAGACACAGCCAAUUUUUCAUCUACUUUCUAGACCUAUGGACCACCUUAAUGGACAUGCGCUGGCGUUACGUUAUCUUUCUCUUUGGAGCCUCCUUUGUGUUUGGCUGGUUCUUCUUUGGACUAUUCUGGUAUUGGGCUGCUUUUGCUAAUGGUGACCUAUACUGGCAAAGCCCAUCUGAUGACCAUCAGCCUUGUGUAGAGAAUGUUUUUGAUAUGACUGGUGCCUUCCUCCAGUCUAUAGAGACUCAGAUGUCCAUCGGUUAUGGUUAUCGACAAAUCACUCCAUUUUGUCCUAGUGUCCUCACCAUUUUCACAAUUGAGGCUGUAUUUGGGACGGUGAUAAUCUGCUUUUGGUGUGGGGUGAUUAUGACUAAAGUUGCCCGAGGGAAAAAAAGAGCCAAAACUAUCAGUUUUAGCCAGAUGGCUGUUAUCUCCUCCAAAAAGGACAAUCUCUGUUUGCAGAUCCGAGUGGCCAACAUGCGCAAAUCUUUGAUGAUUGGGAGUCAGAUCUAUGGCAAGCUUCUUAAAACAACUGUCACCCCUGAAGGUGAGACCAUUAUAAUGGACCAGAUCAGGAUAGACUUCAUUGUAGAUGCUGGAAAAGACAACCUUUUCUUUGUCUGCCCAUUGACCCUGUACCACAUCAUUGACCAAUCCAGCCCGUUUUUUCAAAUGACAGUAGACACCCUUCACCAGCAGGAGUUUGAGCUUGUGGUGUUUCUCGAUGGCACUGCAGAGUCCACCAGCUUCUCCUGCCAGGUCCGAACUUCCUACCUUCCUAAAGAGAUCAUGUGGGGGUAUCAGUUCCUCCCUAUCAUCUCACGUAGCAGAGAGGGAAAGUAUCAUGUAGAUUUCUCCAACUUUGCCAAAGUGGCUCCUGUAGAUACAGCACCUUGUGCCAGUCAUUAUGCCAAAUCCCCUGACAGCUUCAAUCCUUACAAUACUCCCACUGACAGUGACAGGCUUCAGGAGAUGGAAGUUAAAGACCAGUCUAGUGCUACCAAUAUGUAAUGCAUAUAAGUUUACUUUUUUUUU